AUGCGGCUGUGGUGGGUCACAGUGCAGCCUCCAGCCAGGAGAAUGGGGUGGUUCCCACUGCUGCUGCUUCUGACACAGUGUUCAAGGGUCCCUGGGCAGCGCUCGCCCUUGAAUGACUUCCAGGUGCUCCGGGGUACAGAGCUGCAACACCUGCUACAUGCAGUGGGGCCUGGGCCUUGGCAAGAACAUGUGGCAGAUGCUGAGGAGUGUGCAGGGCGUUGCGGGCCCCUACUGGACUGCAGGGCCUUCCACUACAAUGUGAGCAGCCACGGCUGCCAACUGCUGCCAUGGACCCAAUACUCACCCUAUACACAGCUGCAACGUUCAGGGCGCUGUGAUCUCUUCCAAAAGAAAGACUAUGUGCGGACCUGCGUCAUGGACAAUGGGGUCAAGUACCGUGGUACGGUGGCCAUCACCACUGGCGGCCUACCCUGCCAGCGCUGGAACCAUAGGUUCCCCAAUGACCACAAGUACACGCCCACACUCCGGAACGGCUUGGAGGAGAACUUCUGCCGAAACCCCGACGGGGACCCAGGAGGUCCCUGGUGCUACACGACAGACCCUGCAGUGCGCUUCCAGACCUGUGGCAUCAAGUCCUGCCGGGAAGCCGCUUGCGUUUGGUGCAAUGGCGAGGAGUAUCGCGGGGCAGUGGACCGCACCGAGUCGGGACGCGAGUGUCAGCGCUGGGACCUGCAGCGGCCACACGCGCACCCCUUUGAGCCCGGCAAGUUCCUUGACAAAGACCUGGACGACAACUAUUGCCGGAAUCCGGACGGCUCCGAGCGGCCCUGGUGCUAUACCACCGACCCGAAGGUGGAGCGAGAGUUCUGCGACCUCCCUCGCUGCGGGUUGGAGGCACAGCCGCGCCACGAGGCCACGACGCUCAGUUGCUUCCGCGGGAAGGGCGAGGGCUACAGGGGCACGAAUGUGGCCUCGCUGAAUGUCAUCUCCAACCAGGAAUGUAACAUCAAGCACCGAGGACGCAUACGGGAGAGUGAGAUGUGCACUGAGGGACUCUUGGCCCCUGUGGGAGCCUGUGAGGGUGACUACGGAGGCCCACUUGCCUGCUUUACCCAUGACUGCUGGGUCCUGGAGGGAAUUAUAAUCCCCAACCGAGUGUGCGCCCGGCCCCGCUGGCCAGCCAUCUUCAUGCGUGUCUCUGUGUUUACGGACUGGAUUCACAAGGUCAUGCGGCUGGGCUAG